CAGAAGCACAGAGAGAAGAGAGAGAGAGAGAGGGAGGAUAAAGGGGGUCGUGACUGCCCAAUUUGUGGAAGGUAAAUAGGGUUAUUCUCCUCAAUUUGCUUCCUCCAGCUUCUCUCCCUCUCCCUCUCCCCCAAGUCACCAGACCGAAUCCCUGCCCGUAUCAAGAUCCGCUUUCCUCCCCCCUCCCCCGAGUCCUCUUGAAAACCCAGCAAGAAAAUCAAGAAACCGCCCGGAAUCGGAGAUUGGGGACUGCCCUCUUUGUCUCUGUGCCUGUUCUUGGUUUUUUGGCGUUUCGGGUCAACUGGGUUCGAUGCUAUCCCUGUUCCCGUUGAUCUGAAUCGACCCAGUUGGAAGAUCAGCUGCAUGAGCUUGGUCGUGGGCUUCAAAGGGUUGUUAGAUUAGAUCGGCCGCUAGAGAGAGGGAGGGGAGAGAGAGAGAAGGCGAGAGAGAAAGCAGACAGAUUUCUGCAAAAACAUGUCUGCAAUAGUGUGUGGCAAGAGAUCUUUUUUUGAGGAAUUGAGUGCUGCACCGUCCCCCGUCGUCUCCAAGAGAAUUCGCUGCUCGUCCUCCCCGGUCCGCUUGUCCCCUCCGAGGCAGCAGCCGUCCUCUUCUCCUCCUCCCCCGUCCUCGCACCUGCCGGGGUCGGCGGUCCUGAUCGAGCAGCUCGCUGCGAUCUUCCCUGAUAUGGACAAGCAGCUUCUUGAAAGAGCACUUGAAGAGAGUGGUAAUGACUUGGAUUCCGCCAUCAGAAGAUUGCAUGAACUUCGCUUGGGAUCUACUGAUCCAAAUUUGGGUUCUGCUCUGGAUGGGUCUAAUGCAUCAGUGGAUGUCAAUGUUCCGCUUCAGUCACAAGGGGGUGCAACAACUGCUGGAGAGCCAGCUUUAACACAGGAUUCAUCAGCUGAAGAGACAAUAUCAAUUGAUGGGGCUGAAUGGGUGGAGCUCUUUGUCAGAGAGAUGAUGAGUGCCUCCAACAUGGAUGAUGCCAAAGCCCGUGCUGCGAGAGCACUCGAGGCAUUAGAGAAGUCCAUCUUGGCACGGGCUGGUGCAGAAGCAUCCAGGAACUUUCACCAGGAAAAUAUGCUGCUGAAGCAACAAGUUGAAGCACUGAUUCAAGAAAAUACAAUUCUCAAGAGAGCUGUGGCUAUUCAGCAUGAACGCCAGAAAGAGCACGAAAUAAGGAGUCAGGAAUUGCAGCAUUUGAAGCAGCUGGUAUCUCAGUACCAGGAGCAGUUGAGGACUCUUGAGGUGAACAACUAUGCACUCACGAUGCACCUGAAGCAAGCUCAACAGAGUAGCUCCAUCCCUGGGCGUUUUCACCCUGAUGUGUUUUAGGGAACUGAGAAUCCGUUGAUUUGGGCUGUUGAUGUGGACUGUGGUCUUAUGCGCUCUCUUUUAAAGGGUGCAAAUGGCCUGAAAACAUGCAAAAGCUGUAAUCCUCCCCACCAUCCGCAAUCAGCAGUGGGUGUCUUACAAGACGAGUUAGCAAAACAAAGUUAGAAACUAGCUUGUUACAUUGUUAUUCUUCUUUAUUCCUAUUUAAGCAGAUGGAAAUGGUGUUGCAUGUUAUGCCAGUAUCUGGUUGUGUGUGUGUAAUUAUGUGGGGAUCAUUGUUUCUGAAAGUUGCUGUAUCACUGCAAUAUCACAUUGUUUCAUGAA